GCGCGACACCGUAUCCUUGGAGCGCGACUACCACAACAACGACAGCGUUACAAGUCCCCGCCUGCCACAGACGACAGUCAGCGCUUUUAAUUGUUGUUCUUCUGUUGACAUUAGCCUCAAUUUCCAUUUGAAAACGCCGUACGUGCCGGUACUUGCUGCAGACUACAAACGCUGCUUGCGUCAAGUAAACUGCAGGAGGACAGACGCACUGCUGAAUAGACUAGCUGGUGAAAGGACGCACAUACCUGCAGACAUAUCGAGAGGGUUCUAGAUCAUCCUGUCACGAUGCUCAGCAAAGAAGUUCAGGCUCAGCGCCUUCUCGGCACACUGGUGCCCUUCGUGACGUCAGCAGCUGCGUCAAAAGAUGGCGAGCGGAAGCGACUGGUGCUGGUGGACGCCAUGACGGACGCCCAAGUGUCGGAGAUGUAUACUAUGAUCUGCUCGGCGGCGGCGGCUGGCCAGGGCUUCGGGGUGGACGAGUACACGAAGGAAGAAGACUUCCGCCGUGACAUUGCCGACGGCUACCGCUUCGCCAUCAUGGACAAGAACAGCGGCCAGCUGCUGGCCGCCUUCAUCCUGGCCGUCAGCAAGUACUCGCGCGGCUGCCACGUGGCUGACCCUUUCAUCAUCGUACGUGACGACCAGCGCGGCCAGGGGCUCGGCACGCUGUGUCUGGACCUGUGUGUAGACAUGGCUGCCCGCCUGGGUUUCCAGGGCAUGUACGUCGACACCUUUUCCAACAACCGCGCCAUGAUCCGUGUCAUUGAGUCCUUCCCUGGGUUCCGCCAGGUGGGUUGUCUUCCCAUGGGCGGCCUCAUGACUGAUGGGCAAGUUGUGGGCACAGUCAUAUACUACAAAGACCUUCGCUCAGACAGCCAGGAGUGGACCAGUGUUGUUGACAGUUGAAAGUCUAGACAUCUUCGAUGUACUCCGGAAAACAAGAAUCUUCACUCCCUGAGGUAACAGCUCGUAACAGCCGAAGGACGUGAAGAGCGCAGGGCAUCGCGAGCGAGCGCCGGUCACACGGAGCUGGUCACCAGAGAGCGGAGGAGGGGACAGGUCCCUUGCACUCCCUCCACAACAACCCCAGGACGACGAGGUGCUGGGACUGAGAAGUGCCCUACACAAGCGACACGGGGCUCAUGGCAGUGCGUUCGAGUGAUUCUGUUAACAGUUGUCUGAUCAGGGCUAAUGCUCGCAUUUAAGAACAUUUCUGUUCGACUGAAACCUUGUUAAGAAUGCGUGCAUCGGUCACGACUACUCCUCGACAUCAUUCACUUCGUUGGCCUUUGUCGUCACCUUGCAAUAGUUGGCACAAUGGAAACACAGCUGUAACAGGCACUGCAAGCUGUUAAACUGCUAUAACAAGCAGGCAGGUGUUAAUCGACUAAUUUACUGAAUUUUCACCAACAUUAUUUUCUGUGCUGCAGCCAAGUCACAUAACUGU